AUGAGUGACGAACAUCCAGAUCAACAGGGCAACCUGUUCAGUGCUCAAGACGUAGAGGAGCUCGGUGACGACGACCAAUUGGAUGAAGAAAUGAAUGAAGACAUGGGAAACAAUCCCCACGAAGAGCAACACAACCAGGAACAGGAAGAGGACCCAGCCUUGGCGAAAAUGCCUCCCAUUUUGCCCCAGUUCCCUGACCUCACCAGAAGUGACAAGACGCUGGAAGAGGUGCUGCAAAUGAUGGACGACGAGGAGUUCACACCGAUCAUCCCAGACAGUGUCACGGACUACUAUCUGGCCAAAAAUGGGUUUCAAACAUCGAACGUGAAGAUCAAAAGGCUUCUGGCGCUGGCGACACAGAAGUUUGUGAGUGACAUUGCUACCGACGCAUACGAGUAUUCCCGAAUCAGAUCGAACACAGCGGUGUAUAACUCGUCCAAUCCACACGUCAGGGCCCGUGCCCUGAUGAUGGCGACAUCAAACAUGGCAAAUGCACCGGAUGAAUCGGUGGAAAACGGUGUUCAGGGGGCUUCUGGGUCUGCAGGCGAAGGCCAGUCAAGUACGGCAUUAAGUGGAGGUAACCAACAGCACAACCAGAAAGUUACCUUGACGAUCGACGAUCUCAGCAGCGCUCUAGAUGAGUACGGCCUCAAUAUCAACAGACCACAGUUCUACAGGUGA